GGUCAGCUUCCGCUCGUUCGGAGCCAAUCUUCCUCACUCUCGCCACAGCGAAAGCACGCUCCCGCUUUCUUAGUGCCUUAGACAUUUUGUCCGGGCGACUGCUCCGGGUAAUUCAGAUCCAAAAGGUGCGGCUACCACGGCAUUCGCAGUUUGCCACUUGGUCCCAGCAAGAUGCGCUGGCCUUCCGUUUCCGCGACGCAUUCACCAUGUCGCCUUUGCUGCUGGCUGUGCUUGCUGUCGUUCACGACUCGGACCUGGUGCCUCUCGUGGCUCUGUUGCAGCUUCUCGUCGCUGGACAUUUUCCGCCCUCGGCCCGUGACUGGGUGGCAGAUGUACGCGCCCAGUGCCGCCAGCGAUACAACUACAUGGUGCAAUGCUUUGAGCGCGCUCUCGUUGACGGUGUCUCCUGCUCCUGCAUCAACGAAAGGCUUCAAGGCAUUCUACGCAUGGAAGCUUUUGAUCGCCUACCUUUUGAUCACCGUUUGGCGCAACUGCUACGUUGCUCAAGUUGGGCUCUUCAUCCUUAUGAUGCAGGCGACCCGCAUCCUGUGGAACUCGUGCAACGCUUCCAAGAGUACAAUCCCUUCCCUGCCUUGGUUGCUUUCCUUGCAGAAGCCACGACGGCCGCUGGCCCACUGCAAUACCGCGAAUUGAACAUGGACACCUUCCACGCUAUGUGUUCUGCAGCCCCCGCGCCUGUGGCGACACAUACCCUCGGAAUGCUGGCGAAGGUGCAGGGCCUCGUGGUUGCCUCUAACAUGUGGCCUCAUGUGCUUAGGUUUGAGCCCCGUCUGCAGGUGAAACACCGUCGGCCACGGGGCCUCCUGAUGGCGCGCCUCGUAGCCGAUCCCCAGGCGUGGUUUUGCAGCGUUGCUUGUCACUGCCACUGCCACAUGUUGAAAUACCUUUCUUCAGCGCAGGCCAAUCUGCCGUGGGACAUCGCUGAGCACAAGGUCGCGAACGAUUUCGCAACAGCUGGUGAUGUGCUCCGGGUUGAAGCUACUUGGCCGCAUUUAUGGUUCGCCCCCUACCUUCCUGCUGUCUUGCCCUCCCGCUUUGCUCUGCGCACUUUGAAGGUCCGCCAGAAGACCCACCAGUCGACGGCAACCAUCCGCUACGGAGAUCCAGGGGUUGCCGC